CUUCUACAUCCGUUAGAAGCUUAAGCCGUUGACUGGACUGACUUCCAUCUUUAAACCCUAUCUUAUCGCUUGUAUUUUAGUCUUUCAUUUCUAUCAAAUUCAUUUAACAAUGGCUUCAUCAAUCGAGUCCUCAUUUUGGUGCUACAGAUGCAACCGAUCCAUCCGGCUCCCCACUCAAAACUCAAUUCUCUGCCCCGACUGCAGCGGCGGAUUCAUCGAAGAAAUCGGCACCACCCGUCCCCACCACGGACUCACCGCCGCCCAUCGCACCCGUCGCCGUACCGGCGGAGACCGCUCUCCCUUCAAUCCAGUCAUCAUCCUCCGCGGUGCCACUGCCGGCUUAGCAUCCGGGAACUUCGAGCUCUACUACGACGACGGUGCAGCGUCGGGUCUCAGGCCUUUGCCCGCUAGCAUAUCGGAGCUCUUGAUGGAUUCUGGGUUUGAACGCCUCCUUGAUCAGUUGACUCAAAUGGAAAUCAACGGCGUAGGUCGAUUCGAUCAUCCACAAGCCUCUAAAGCAGCCAUCGAAUCGAUGCCAGUAAUAAAAAUAGUGAAUUCCCACGUUUCUAUGGAAUCCCAAUGCGCUGUUUGCAAAGAAGCUUUUGAAAUUAAUACCGAGGCUCGCGAAAUGCCUUGUAAUCACAUUUAUCAUUCUGAUUGUAUUUUACCCUGGUUAUCAAUCCGUAAUUCGUGUCCAGUUUGUCGUCAUGAGUUACCCACCGAAACUGGAAGUGGGAGUGGGAGAAAUUCGCCCGAAUCAGAUGAGGAGACCGUUGGUUUAACGAUAUGGAGAUUGCCCGGAGGUGGUUUUGCAGUUGGGAGGUUUUCUGGAGGAAGGAGAGCAGCAGAGAGGGAGCUACCGCUUGUGUUUACGGAGAUGGAUGGUGGAUUUAAUAAUGCGGGUUUGCCUAGGAGUAUUUCAUGGGCUCCUGAUGGGAGGAGAUCAAGAGAGAGUGGAGGAGUGGGGCGUGCUUUUCGGAAUUUCUUCUCGUUUUUCAGGAGGAUUGGAAGGCGUUCAAGUAACCAUUCUGGUCAAAGAGCAUGAAGUAGGUCUAGUAUGGUGUUGGAUAGGUUCUCCAUGAGGUGUGGUGGGAUGCUGUAGAAUGAGUCACUGAAUUGUUAUGUUGUGUCUUGGGAGUCUUUGGGUUACUUAUCUGAUUACCAAAACCAUUAAUUGUUUGUUGCAGUCCUCCUUCCUCUUAAGAAAGGGAAAACAUCUAUAUAUUGUAUGAUGAUUCAGAUUACUGUAAAUAACAAAACUUGAGGUUGGUUUAAAUUAUGUUGAAGAGAAGAAUUUUGAGUUGGAGAUCAGUUUUCAUUCACAAGGAAGAGGGAGAAUAAGAAGACGAGGAAGAAAGCUGUGCAUUUGGAGCGGGUCUUUGUAGAAGUUACUGAGGUACAAAUCCUUGCGUACAACUGUUCCUCUGUCAAUUUUAGGCCUUAAGAAGUGUUUGACUAAUGAUCCUCUUACAUAGUUUAAUGCAUAACUUUUUUUUUUCCGGUAAUGUAAUUUAUUGAUUGUAGUUUUGCUGUGUUAAGCCUCUUCUUUAUGGAAGAUUUUUGGAGUUCUUUUUCUUCCUUUGUGCAUAACAUGGUACCUGUCUCACUGUCUUUGCAAUAUUUCGUUUCAGUUGCUUAUGCCAAACUGUCAAUAGUAGUAGGUUUACUUUGCUUGGUUAUGUCCCUUCCGAUCGAGUGUCUUGGACCAUGUGGUUGGUUAUGUGAAUUUUAAUUUCUUUCCAGUGAUUCAUUCUUCAACAGAAACUUUAAGUUGGCAUGGGACCGUGGCAUCAAUUUAACAUCGUGGUCUGCAUCAUAAUAACACAAGCUAUAACUCAAUUUGCUCUUGAUAGUUCAUGGCAAGAGGUCAGCUUGAAAAGAAUCGAAAGAAGAAAACAAUUGGUGCGGUCUUGUGCUUGAAGAUCUCAAGAAAAACACCGGGUUAAAAUUGUCGUUCAGCACGUAGUUUAUUUCUUGUAUGUUCCAUCCUUUAUAUUUUGUUCAUAUCGAGUUGGUUGUCUCCUUUACUGAUUAUUGUUACGACAUCACAUCAAAUAAAACACAUUAUAGUCUAUGUCAGAGGUUAGCACUGGUUUACACAUGUUAGGUAUAUCAUAUACAGUGAAAAGAAGUUGACAGAUUCUAAUAUGUUCCCUAGAAGCUCAUUUUGGCAAAGGAAGGAGAAGUAUGAUCUUCUUACACUAACCAUCUUGUGUCUAGAAGUUUAUUGCUAGGAUGAUGAAUUAAGGUACACAACUUAGUGAGUACUUUCAUGAUAUUUAUGAGCUGUCAUGAUCUUCUUACUUGUCAUUAUUGUUUGUAUAUGUUUUGCAUAUCAGUUAUGUCAGCUGCUGUUUUCAUAAGAUCUCUACUCUUCUCUUAUGGUGUCCUAUUUCUCGAGAAUUUGGUUCAUAUACAAUCAUGAUAAAAAAAAAUUUUACUCGAAUACAUAAUGGGAAAUGUAAUUUUAAACAGGACUUUGGACGAAAAUGACCUAGAGAAUUGCAGCUAAUUCGGGACCUGAUUUAGUUAAGCCUAUCUCUUUUCUACUCUGCAUUAAAUGUUUAAUUCCUUGAGGGGGUCAAAUGGUUGGGAGUCGAGCUUCGCAUAGCACUUUGUUAAGAGGCUAGUCGUGUAUGUUAUGUUGGAGAACUUUUACUCCAAGACAAACUAACUAGCAGCAUUUUUUGCUAUCCUUUCGCAUACUUUAGCGAAGGAACGGUGUUGGAAAAAUGGCAGAAUCAGCGCCUACUUUCGCCUGCCCAGCGACAGGUUGUCUUUCUAGUACUUUUUCUGGCUUACUGGUUGGGCAAGGAGGUGCGUGGCCUAUACUGUGGUGUAGGAGACUUCUUCCUGUUUCUGCCGGCGGUGUAUGCACCUUCACUAAAGCUGAGAGAUACGACGCCUGGGAUUUUUAGGCAGCUUGCAAAUUUUGGAUUUUCUUUUGUGUUUUCUUGUCUCUUUUUGUUAUUUGAUUAGGAUUUUCUUUGCAAAAAUGUCUUCUCCUCGGUCUUGAUGUGUAUCCCCCCUCUUUUUAUCCCAGAUCCUUAAAAAACUAAACUCGAAAAGUAAUAUUAAUUAAUUAUAUUGUUUUUUUCUUGACCAUGUAUUCUCAAUUAAUUAAUUUUCUAUUUUUAAUGUGUA